UAAAAUUCAAACAAUUUUUGUGUUUUCAUUAUUUUUCAUGAUUUAUCAUCAGGACGUCUUUUGUAUGGUCAUCAUCAUCAACAACGUCAUUAUAUUUUCUGAUGUAGUUGGUGGUCCGGUCAUUUUUCUAGCGGUCGCAAGUCCCAACAGGUGGUUCACCUUGUGUUGACCAACAAACUGUCCCAAGCAGUUCCAAAAAAACAUAACGUAGUUCACCUUAACUUAUAAAAAUUUGCAUUUCAUUAUUUUUAUCUGAUCACUAUUAAACAGUUUUAAGUGUGCCCCUUACAUUUUAAUAGCAAGUUAUUUUCAUUUAAAAGAAAUUUUUAUAAGAAUAAAACCAAUUUUAAAGACUCAUUGCCAAUUCACUAUAUCUAUAAAAAAAUGAGUCAGCGUAAAAUUUACGAAAAGAAAACUAACAAGCAUAAAGAGAAACGGAGUAGAGGACGAUCUUGCAGAAAAUUAAUAAUGAGUUUUUUACUAAAGGCCUGGUUUAUGUUUCGAUAUCAUUUUGAUUUAAUUGUUAAUUAUAUAUUUGGACUGUAUUACAAUUCAAGUCUUCAGUACAUCCCAAAAGUUCAAGAUCCACUGUUAUUGGAAAGUGCAAUAAGUUUAGCAGAAAAGAUAAGGAAGAAAGAAGUGAAGGCUGAAACAGUUGUUCAGGCAUUUAUUAAUCGAAUUAAAGAAGUAAAUUACCUUUUAAAUGCUCUAGUCGAUGAUAGAUUUAAAGCCGCAUUAAAAGAGGCACAAGAAAUAGAUACAGAUAUUAAAAAUGGUAAAAUUACAGAGGUUGAUUUUAUGAAUAAACCAUUUUUAGGUGUUCCCUUUAUUGUCAAGGAAUCAACCUCAUGCAAAGGACUUAGCAAUACAUUUGGACUUGUUUCAAGACAGGGCAAGACUGCUAAAGAAGAUGCUGAUGUUGUAGUGUCUAUGAAGAAUGCUGGAGCUAUUCUUUUAGGUGUUUCAAACGUUCCCCAAUUAAAUAUGUGGCAGGAAACUCACAAUCCUGUAUAUGGUAUUACAAAAAAUCCUUACAAUACAUCUAGAAAUGUAGGAGGUUCUUCUGGAGGAGAUGCAGCUUUAGUUGCAGCUUGUGGCACACCCAUGGCAAUAGGAACUGAUAUUGGAGGAUCCAUCCGAAUUCCAGCUUUUAAAUGUGGAGUCUUUGGACAUAAACCAACUUGUAAUUUAAUUUCAUUAAAAGGAUUAACAUUUAGAACAGGAAAAGAAAUAUCUAUGGUUGUUCCUGGGCCAAUUGUUAAAAAAGCAGAAGACCUGGGGCCAAUCUUAAAAGUUCUUGUGGGGUUAAAUUCUAUGCAGUUGAAAUUGGAAGACCCAGUUGACAUAUCCAAAGUUGGUAUUUACUAUGUAAUUGAUCCUGAAGAUCCUUUUGUAAGUCCUAUAAGAGCUGAUAUGAAAGAUCUCAUGAACAGAGUCAUAGGACAUUUAACAGGAGUUUCUGUUGAUCCACCCCAAAAGGUGGAACUGGAAAACCUAAAAUAUGGGGGAAUAAUAUGGAGAUUUUGGGUAUUGAAAGAGUUGUAUCCUAAUUUCUUUUCACACCUUAAUGAAGAGGCGCCGGUAAACCCAUAUGUUGAAAUUAUAAAAUUCUUCUUAAGACUCAGUACUUACACUUUUGCUACUAUUUUUAAUUUAAUAAAUUGCAUUUUACCACAUCCUAACCCUGAAUGGACUGAAAAAGUUACAAACGAGCUAAAAACUGAAAUUUUGGUAAGUUUUAACAUAAAGUUAAAGAUAGAUAUCAAACAGGUCGAAUUAUAAAACUUGGAUUAUCGUGUAAUUUGGGAAAUUUAAGUAAUAAAAGUUAGCAUCAAUAUUAUAAACACUGCCUAAAUAUACGACUUUUGGUGAAAAUUGUAAGGACAUGUGGAAAAACUC